CCAGCACCUCACUCUAGUGCUUCAGGAGCUCCUGCCACCACUGUCCCCGGCCCAGUGUCCCAACCAGGUUUGAGAUUAUGAGGCGGCUGCCGGCCAUGACCCUGCUCUUACUGCUGCUGCGGUUUGGGACUGAGGGAGCCAAGGCAUCGAAUGGUGAAGGGCGUGAGGUCCAUGGGGGCAGAGGGUCUUUCCCACAACUGGAAAGGAUCUGCCUGUGUCAGAAGCUGACAGGAUGCCCAGUCUGCGGGCACCCACGGAUGCUGAACCGGAUGGUGGGCGGGAAGGAUGCCUUGGAAGGUGAGUGGCCGUGGCAGGUCAGCAUCCAGCGAAACGGAAGCCACUUCUGCGGGGGCAGCCUCAUCACCGAGCGGUGGGUCCUCACCGCGGCGCACUGCUUCUCCAACGCUUCUGAAAAAUCCCUGUACCGGGUCCUGCUGGGAGCACGGCAGCUGGUGAAGCCGGGGCCACAUGCCACAUACGCCCGGGUGAAGCGGGUAGAGAGCAACCCCCUGUAUGAGGGCAUGGCCUCCAGCGCCGAUGUGGCCCUGGUGGAACUGGAGGCACCCGUGACCUUCACCAAUUAUAUCCUCCCCGUGUGCAUGCCUGACCCUUCGGUCAUUUUUGAGACGGGCAUGGAAUGCUGGGUCACCGGCUGGGGCAGCCCCAGCGAGCAAGAGCGCCUGCCCAACCCUCGAGUCCUGCAGAAACUCGCCGUGCCCAUCAUUGACACACACAAGUGCAACAUGCUCUAUAGCAAAGAUGCUGAGUCCGGCUUCCAGCUGAAAACCAUCAAGGAGGACAUGCUGUGCGCUGGCUUCGCGGAGGGCAAAAAGGACGCCUGCAAGGGAGACUCGGGGGGGCCUCUGGUGUGCCUCAAAGGCCAGUCGUGGCUGCAGGCUGGGGUGAUCAGCUGGGGUGAGGGCUGCGCCCGCCGGAACCGCCCAGGUGUCUACAUCCGGGUCACCUCCCACUAUAACUGGAUCCAUCGGAUCAUUCCAGAACUGCAGUUCCAGCACACUAGCUCGGAUGGCCAGAAGCGGGGCCCCCGGGUCCAGCAGCCCCUUGAUCGGAACUUUGCACCCUGCCUGGCAGCCCACACCAUCCUCCUGGGCCUCGUGGCCCUGCUCACCUGCUUCUGAGCCCCAGGGCCCACAUGUACAUUUGUAAAUAGCUGAUUCUUCCUUCUCUCAAAUGCCCAGUUACUUUUAUUUAUGUUCACCCUCCAAUA